UUACUCUGCCAACAAGAAACUUUGUCGCUAACUCUAAAGGAGAAACAUUUUUCUUUAAAGAAGACAGGAUUUGUCCCCGCAUUCUAAAAGAGGGCUUGAAAACAACAUACGUAACGGUGUGCCAUGCAUAUUUCAGUUAAGACAAAGUAACUAGGAAGCCUGGACCAUCAUGUGAACUUUUGCAAAAAAAUAACACCCAGCAAUUAGAUGGAGGAACGGGAAGGUGAAGAAGGGUGCCACUGUGCGGGUUGCGGAGGGAGGAUUCAGGAUUCAUUCUACGUUAAGGGUUUCCAAGAAGCCUGGCACAACGCCUGCUUUCAGUGCUCAGAGUGCUGUGACCACUUGACAAACUGGUACUAUGAAAAGGAUGGCAAGCUCUACUGCCGCAGCCAUUAUUGGGAGAAGUUUGGGGAGCUGUGCCACGGCUGCUCCCUGCUCAUGACUGGACCGGCCAUGGUGGCCGGAGAAUACAAGUAUCACCCAGAGUGCUUCGUAUGUUUAAGCUGCAAGGUGGUGAUUGAAGACCGGGACACGUAUGCCUUGGUGGAACGCUCCAAACUUUACUGUGGUAAGUGCCACAAACAGAUUGUCUUGACGCCCAUGCUGGAGAAGCGGUCCCCCGACUCGGCCCUCGACUCCUUACCGCACACUGUCACGCUCAUCUCCAUGCCCGCCGCUACCAACGGCAAGAGGGGCUUCUCCGUGUCCGUCAUCAGGGACUGCGCCAGUGGCACCGCCACUGUGCAAGUCAAAGAAGUUUUGGGAAUGCACAUAAGUCCGGAGGUACGGAAUGCCAUCCACGUCGGGGACAGGAUUCUGGAGAUCAACGGCAUCCCAGUGGGCACACUGAUGGAGGAGGAGGUGGAAGACCUCAUCCACCGGACCAGUCAAACACUGCAGCUGCUCAUCGAGUAUGAUCCAGUCAGGCAGCGAUUAGACCGGCUUCGGCUCGGGUCUUCACACAACCGCAUCGGGGUGCCAGCAGCCUCCCGUAUGCGUCUCUCUGUACCUUCUGGAGCAGUGCUGGAAAGGACGGACAGUAUUGAGGAUGGUACCCUCAAAAGGCGGUCACUGAGGCGCAGCAACAGCAUCUGUAAGUCCCCAGGCCCGGCCUCCCCGAAGGAGCACCCCAUACUGUCCCGCGAUAUCGGACGCUCCGAAUCCCUGCGCUCCUCCAGCAGCUGUUCCCACCGCAUCUUCCGCCCCUGUGACCUCAUCCACGGCGAGGUGCUAGGGAAGGGCUUCUUUGGCCAGGCCAUUAAGGUGACGCACAAAGCUACAGGCGAGGUGAUGGUAAUGAAGGAGCUGAUUCGCUGUGAUGAGGAGACCCAGAAAACCUUCUUGAAAGAGGUCAAAGUAAUGCGGAGUUUGGAACAUCCCCACGUCCUGAAAUUUAUUGGAGUGCUAUAUAAGGACAAGAGACUGAAUUUAAUAACGGAGUUUAUCGAGGGAGGAACACUGAAGGAUUUCAUUAGAGACAUGGAUCCGUUUCCGUGGAAGCAGAGGGUCAGCUUUGCGAAGGGCAUCGCUUCUGGAAUGGCUUAUCUGCAUUCGAUGAGUAUCAUCCACAGAGAUCUCAACUCUCACAACUGCCUCGUCAAACUGGACAACACGGUCGUGGUGGCAGAUUUUGGCCUUUCUCGUCUCAUCGUAGAGGAAAAGAUUCGACACCCCCCUCCAGAGAAACCCAGCAAUAAGAAAAGGACCUUCCGGAGGAUUGACCGGAAAAAGCGCUAUACCGUGGUGGGGAACCCCUACUGGAUGGCCCCAGAGAUGCUGAAUGGCAAGCGCUACGAUGAGAAGGUGGACAUUUUCUCCUUUGGGAUUGUGCUGUGUGAGAUUAUUGGGCAGGUGUAUGCAGACCCAGAAUGCUUACCCAGAACCCUGGACUUUGGACUCAAUGUUGAAAAAUUCCUGGAAAAGUUUCUUCCUCAAGACUGCCCACCUGCUUUUUUCCCAUUGGCUGUGGCUUGUUGUGACCUGAUCCCUGAGAACCGGCCUGCCUUUGAGAAGCUUGAAGACUGCUUCGAGGCCCUGGCCCUCAACCAGGAGCUGGGCAUCCCCCUGCCAGCUGAGCUGGACGAGCUGCACCAGAGCCUUUACCGCCUGCACGGGCCCGACAGAACCAGCCAGGCCCAGAAUGCCGCUCCGCUGCAGCCUCCCGACGGGCCAAGCCUGGCUAACAGCGGAACCUAGCCCCUCACUAAGUGCCCCCCCACCCCCAC